GUCUUUCUGUUACCAAUUUAUAAAAUUCAGUGUUGAAAUAAAGUAAUAAUAAUGAUAAUAACAAAAGUGUUUGUUCUCAUUGCAUUUUUCACUUUAUGCAAUUCGAAAACCAGUUUUAUGCCCAACUUACCUUUGGGAGAAUAUCGUAUGAUAUUUGAGAAAAUAUACCAUUGUGAAUCAAAACGUUUAAUUCAAAUCAAUUUGUAUUUGAGUAAAAAGACAUUAAGUGUAUCUGAGUUAAAAGGAAAUAUAACAUACUUAGUACCUUUUGACGAUACUCUUACACUGGAUAUAAAUAUUGCUUCUUGGGGUUCAACUGGAGGUUGGAAACCAAAUUCAUUGGUUUACAUUACAAAGAAUGCAUGUAGCAGUGGAUUGAAAAAACUCUUAGGAAAUGCAUGGAAAAAUUUAGCUAAAUCAUUUAACAUUUCUAAUACCAGUUGUCCAACACCACUAGGAACAUAUACAAUAACAGAUUUUGACUUGAAGGAAUUGUCAGACAAUAAUUUUCCCAAGGUGUAUUUUUACGGAAAAUAUAAAUCGACGAUUAAGUUGAAAAAUGUGAAAAGUGAAAUAAUCGGUUGUUUUGUAAUAGAGGCUAGUCUUAUACGACCUUGGGAAACUCCAAUUUGA